ACAAACACAGCAUUAAAUUUGCGGAAGCAGGGUAGCGGGUGGGGCUUGCACUGCAACUCGAGAAGAGAAAAGGGCUGCAUUGUUGUAAGUAGCAGGAAGCUUUCAAUAUGGAACUAGAGAGGUUAUUUUCAGUAUUAGAAAAAAAAAGCAUGCUUUUAUGAUUGAUAUUGAUCCCGCGGAGCUGUCAUAGAGAGCAGGACGCGCCACUCUGCUUGAAAAAAACAACGAUGCUGAAAAAGCGAUUGAAAUAGUUUAUAUUUUUUUUGUAAACAAUAAAAAAAGAAGAAGAGACACCAGCGUUAUAUAAAUAUAUUCUAAUAAUGAAUAACACGCAAGCUGACAUUAAUAUGUCUCCUGAUUUUGUGUUGAUGCGCCUGGUAUCCGACGAGGACGGUUUGGACAAGAAGAACGCGAAUCUGUCAGCAGCGGCCAGCAAUGCAUUCGGGGCGCCUGUGCUGCUGGGUCAGCACCAUAACAACGGGACCCUGCUCAAGAACGGCUUUGAGUUCGACGCGAAUCACAAAACGACCCAAGAGCAGCAGCAGCAACAGACAGGGAACUGGGCGGCUGAAUCCCCCGAAGAUGCAAUGCCCACAACACGGCCAUUGGAGCCUCUAGUGCCGCCCCCUCCCGCGGACACAGCGAUGGCUCGGCGGCUGGAUUUCCACCGCAGAAACCGGGGCUCUCGACCCCAGCUGAUGGUGUUUCGGAACCUACUCCGGCCCGGAGGCAGUGACCACCACGGGCCGGGGCAGCACGGUUUCCAAAUGGGAGGACUUGUACUAGAAAGCCACGGCCGUUGUUCCGAUGUUAGUUCUGCUGGUUUUAGUAGCAGCGCCGACCCGCUACAGCCAGGCAGGUUUCUGCAGCCGCAAAUUAAGCACCAACCCAGACUGGACUUGGUGCACCCUCGGCAGGCUGCAGACUCCCCCACCAGCACUGCUCCCCGCAGCGUCAGACCUGAACUGCGCCCCCGUCACAGACUUACAGCUGAUGACAAAGACUGGCCCCCAGCUUCCGAGAGGCUUCUCAAUAACGAACCGGACCACCGCGACCUUUCAGAUACCAGCUGGGGCUCCUCCGCCCCGGGAGGCGGCGGCGGCGGUCCGGGCACAGCGGCGGCGGAUCCGGUGUUCAAACUGGCCAGGAAAUUUGGAGAGUUCGUGGUCGACGGGGCUGCGGUUUUGUUCAGCAAGGAAGGAGAGCUGCCGCGGUGUCACUGCCAAAGCCUGCUGGGCUCGGCUGGGGUCAGGCCCGGGGAGGACCCGACAGAAACCAGCGACGUUCUUUUGGUUUUGGAAGGACUCGAAUUGGAAGAGAUGGACGGACUCGGAAUGAGCAGCACUUUUUUGGAAGAGGCUCUGAAAAACGGCACGGCCGCCUUGCUAAACGGCACAGGAGACGAUGAUGUGAUGCAAAAAAUGAACGGUUUCUCAAGCAACACUCUGCGGGAACAGGCGGAAAGGGCGGCCGGUGCUAGCUGCUGCCCCGGUUCUCCACAGCCGCAGGUAUGUUGCCCUCUGAGGGACGGUCUGGAUUUGAGGGCAGACGUGGCGCAGCUGUCACAGCCCGCCCCCGACGAACGCAGCCCCUUGUCAGAACACGCCUCUAACCAGAACGACUUUUCCACUCGUGGGCCCACCCUGGACUUGCCAGCUGCUCCUCAGGACCCGAACCACAAAGUUCGGGUUAGCAGGUGCGCUAGCUCGCCUCUGACCGUGGCGAGCGGAGGAGGUUCCGAGAAAACGGCGAGGGAACCGGGCAAAUCCAGGAAGGGGUCGCUAAAAGUCCGCCUGAGCAAAUUGUUUCGAACUAGAAGUUGCAACGGGUCCGGUGAACGGGAGGACAAACGGCAUUCCGUGGAUUCGACGGUGGCAGCCGGGAGCCUCGAUGGUAUGGAUAUUUCCGGUUCCAAAGGAGGACAAGACCCGGGAAGGAAACCGCGCUUGACCACGACCCUAAGUGCCUUCUCUCCUGCCUCCUUCAGCCCAGUCUUCACGGGUGAGACGGUCUCGCUUGUUGACGUGGAUAUCUCUCGGAGGGGGCUGAACUCCUCCCACCCCCCGACACCCCCUCCUCCGCCCAGACGCAGCCUCAGCCUGCUCGAUGAUAUAAGUGGGCUGCAGCCUGGGCCUUUCCUAGCGGGCUCUAUGGGGGCCUCCCUCCAGCCUCUCCCUCUGCCUCCUCCUCCUCCUCCUCUUCCUCCUCCUCCUCCUCCUCCUCCUUCUCCUUCCCAUGCCACCAUCCAACAUAGCCUCACCCUGAAUGACGCGUUCCUGCGGGCACUCCCUCGCCCCUCCUCCUCUUCUUCCUCCUCCUCGUCCUCCUCCUGUUCCUUGCAAGGAGACCCUCAGCUCCCCGUCACACAGCCCCCCCCUGCCCGGGUGCUGCACUGCCCGCUGAGCAGACCCGACUCCUGCAGCUUCGCAGCCAGCCUGAGGGAGCUCGAGAAGUGUGGCUGGUACUGGGGUCCCAUGAACUGGGAGGAUGCGGAGAUGAAGCUGAAGGGGAAGCCGGACGGCUCGUUCCUGGUGAGAGACAGCUCGGACCCCCGCUAUAUCCUGAGUCUCAGCUUCCGCUCGCAGGCCAUCACCCACCACACGCGCAUGGAGCACUACAGGGGGACCUUCAGCCUGUGGUGCCACCCCAAGUUCGAGGACCGCUGCCAGUCGGUGGUGGAGUUCAUCGAGAGAGCCGUCAUGCACUCCAAGAGUGGCAAGUUCCUCUACUUCCUGCGCUCCAGAGUUCCUGGUCUGCCCCCCACCCCAGUGCAGCUCCUCUACCCUGUGUCUCGGUUCAGCAACGUGAAGUCCCUGCAGCACCUGAGUCGCUUUCGAAUCCGACAGCUGGUGCGGGUCGACCACAUCCCGGAGCUGCCCCUGCCCAAGCCUCUGAUUGCGUACCUGCGGAAGUUCUAUUACUAUGACCCAGAGGAGGAGACGUACCUCUCUCUGAAGGAGUCUCAAGACAGCCUGAGGCCGGAGGAGGAGGCAGAGGCAGAGACGUAGACUCGCUGGGGCCCUGCAGCCUCAAGGUUGGACACAUGCUUGGUUUAAAACUUCCACUGAAGGACUAGCUUUGGUGGUGUCGACUGGACACAGACCACCACGAAUAGGGGUGGUAACUGGACUAUCCUGCUGUGAGACCACCAAGCAGAGAGAGGCCAUGGCAUCUGCCAAGCUGGAGCCACGAAGGGUCCUGUGGUCCCUUUUCCCAUCCCCAGCCCUUCCUACUCUCCAAACGCACGCACUGGAAUUGAGGUUUCCCUUCGUGAUCUCCCCAGUCCUACCAGUCACGGAGAGACCGCCCCCGAACUGGAGUGAACUGGUUAAACUGGGGCUGCUGUGAAAUGGAGCUGAGCCCAGCUUGAAGGCUUGAAAAGGAAAAGUAUUAUUCAACAAUAAUAAUUGUAAUAAUGAAGAAAAAAAAACAUGCAGGUUUGAUUUGGUAAUCGUCACUGGAAUCUGAAAAGGACUGGACUUCUGUUGCUUUGAUUUGCUUUGUUAUUUUAAAAGUUUUAAAACUUCAGAUUAUGUAAUAUAUAUAUAAUUAGUAUUUGAUCACCAGACCGCUUGCCUGCUGUUUUUUGGGAAUCAUCGUUAUUGUGGGAGAUGAAACUGCUCUUAAUGUAAAUCAAAAUGAAGUGUUUUAGAUUCUCUUUUCUUAUUUAUUGUUUUAUCUGCUGGUUUGUGGUGUUUGAUGUAAAUAGUUGUUUUAUGAAUUGACAAUAAAAGACAACAAAAAACGAUUAGAUUUUAAUUUGGUGGCUGCUGUGGGAUCAGUUUUAGAAACCUGCUGUUUGUUUUGAGAUUCCCUAAUAUAGGCU